GCUGCCCGCGGGCUGCGGCCCGAGGUGAGGGGCAGGGGCCAGGGCUCCGCGGGCCGGGCCGGGUGCCGCGGGGUGCUGACCGCGCUGGGCCUUGCAGGGCGGCGGCGGCGCUGAGGGCGGCGCUGGGCGAGGGCGCGGAGCGGCGGCGGGAGCUGGAGCGGCGGGCGGCGCGGAGCCGGGCGCUCCUGCGGCGCUGGGAUGAUGAGGAAGAGGAGCGGCCACAGCCACAAUCAGGCUCCAGUACUGAGCAUGAAGACAGACCUUCACCCAAGGAGCUAGAGGAGCUGGAACUGCUGAACAGGGCCUUAGAGAAGGCACUGACGGUCAGGAAAAGCAUCUUGAAAACUCCAUUAGAGACUCGGGGAGCUACAGGACACAAAUGGGCAGGUGAAGCGCAUGCUCCCAAGAAAGCUGAAGAACAGCAGGUACCUGUAUCUGUUGAGGAUGUUCCUGAGUGCAGGAAUGUGAAAGCUGGAAGCAAAAAGCCUUUGUUGUUGAAGAAGCCCUCUCCAUACCAGUUAAGAGCCCCUUACAGGACUGACCCAGAUGUGAAGAAACUGCAAAGGAAAGUCCCAGCCGGAUGUGUUUCUCAAGGCCCCAGGACAGCUGGGAAGAUUUCCUCAAAAGGGAUGACUUCCAAACAAGGAAGGAGUCACAGGACAGCAGCUGGUGCCAGUGGCAGAGAAGUCUGUGCAGCAGCUGAACCCCAGGAGACACCUGGCUUGUCUGAAUCUGCCCCAAAUGAGCAGCAAAGCUUUUCUGGAGGGGAUUCAGCUGCAGGAAAGAAUUCCAUGGCUGCUGGCAAGCAGUUACUUGAUGCAGGGAAGAAAAGUUCUGGUUUCCUAGCAGAGUCCAGCAAAAAGGAGGACACUGCAUGUGCAUGGGGAAGGAGCAUCACACCAGGGACAGGCACCCUGCAGGAAAAGGGGUGCCAGCUGAAGCUCCCCCUUCCCUACAGGAAAGCCUAUUCCAGGAACUCCAGGGCAUGGGAGAGAUGUCGCCUGUGCCAGACAAGUGCAGAUGCAGCAGCUGCAAGGACCCGUUUUAUGGAGAGAAUCCAGACAACUUUUUGCUCCCUGAAGCUGACUCCCAGUCCUGCAGAGAUAGAGGAGGAAUUAAGGGGCCUCCAGGAUGUCCCCUCCCGUCUCAGGCAGUACGUGGAAGCUGAGCCUGCAGACCCUUCCACUCUGCAAGAAGAGUAUGAAAGCCUUCUGACCUUGGAGGGUGUGCAAACCACAGUGUCCCAGUGCCUGCAGAAGCUGCAGCUGCUGCAAGAAGCUCUGGAGUCCCAGCUGAGGCUGCACCCAGACUGCACUGGGGAUGUGGGGAGCUGCUGUCCAGCCUGUGUCCCUGUUAGGGGACAGAUGUGUGACAGUGCAGACAUGCUGGCUGUGCCUCUCCUCUGUUACUCCAGUCUCCAGGAGCUCAGGGACCUGUUUGCCUUGAAGCUGCAAGUGUCAAUGCUGCACCAAGAGAUUGCCUUACAAAAGGUGAUGAUGGCAGAGCUGCUGCCUGUCCUGGAGGCCAGGCCAUUGCUGGAGGGCUCUGCAGGGCUGUUCCGGGCCAUCCAAAGCCAGCUCUGUGAGGGGGGCCGGCGCUUCCCUGUGCUGGUGAGAGACGAGCUGCUGGACUGAGCUGGGGAGCCUCCUGCUAGUCCUUCACAGAGCCAAAGACAGCUGCAAACAAUAAAUCUUUUCUAGGAA